UCGAUAAAACUGAUUUCAACUGCAUAUUCCACUUACUUGAACGAAUUAUUGCGGCGAAUUAUUGUGAAAUAUCUGCAUGUCAACAGCCAAGGCCCAGGAAUAUGACUGCACUGCCAAGUGUACAUGUCGCCAACAUGGAAACAGCACUACAGCCGCACUCACAAAGCGCUCAAUCGACAAUCAAAAUCUGGGAGCGUUCAUCUUCAAGACCUGCGGAAAUUUCGCCAACAUCAUAGAUGACCUGGGCCGCUCAGCUGUGCACAUGUCAGCUUCGGUGGCGCGAUAUGAGAUUCUGGAGUGGCUUUUGAACCACGGAGCGUACAUUAACGGACUCGAUUACGAGUCUGGCAGUAGUCCCUUGCACAGGGCCUUGUACUAUGGCUCCAUAGACUGUGCUGUGCUUCUGCUGCGCUAUGGGGCAAGUCUGGAACUGCUAGACGAUGACACACGGUUUCCGCUGCAAGCCAUCUGCCGCAAGUGCGACGAAGAUUUCACCACAGAGUCUCAGAACGAUGUUCUCGUCUGGGGCUCCAAUAAGAACUAUAACCUCGGCAUUGGCAACGAGCAGAACACCAAUGCUCCUCAGGCAGUGGAUUUCUUUCGGAAGUCCAACAUCUGGAUAGAGCAAGUAGCAUUGGGAGCCUAUCACAGUCUUUUUUGCGACAAGAAGGGUCAUCUCUAUGCCGUCGGCCAUGGCAAGGGUGGACGUCUGGGCAUUGGUGUGGAGAACAGCUUGCCGGCGCCGAAGCGUGUGAAGGUCUCUUCGAAGCUGAACGACGAUUCCAUCAUGUGCAUAAGUGUCUCCCGAUAACACUC